AUGUUUCGAGCGACCUGGGCGAAGCAAUUGCGUCGGUUUGCCACGAAAGCACCGCAAUCGACCCCGAAGACCUCUUGGAUUGGCUAUGCCUUAACCGCGGCUAUCUUUACUGGGGUCGGGGCUUACGCUCAUACAUACAAAAGUACACCUCAACCGAUCGUCAACGGAAAAGAGGACAAGCUGAGCUUUGAUGUCAAUGACUUGACUUCGCCUGUGUAUGCCAAUGCUGCUGAUUUUGAAACAGCAGUGGCGCAGAUGGCUGCCAUUGUUGGUAAGGAUAAUGUGAGUCGCAGCGAAGCAGAGCUUGUUGCCCACAAUGAUCUGUUCUUCGCUACCCAUCAUCCUCCUGAUCCAUCGAAGCAAAAACCCCUGGUUGUCAUUUAUCCAUCAUCGACUGAAGAAGUCUCAGAGCUUUUGAAGAUUGCCUUCAAGUACCGAGUUCCUGUAGUUGCAUCUCUGGGUCUUACUCUGUUGGAGGGUCAAAUGAUGCACACUAGAGGUCCUCACUCGGUAGCAAUCCUGUUCACAAAGAAUAUGGCGGACAUUAUAGCUUUUCACCCAGAAGAUUUGGAUGUAGUGGUACAACCAGGAGUUGGAUGGAAAGAGCUCGAUGAUUAUCUCUUGGACCACCCUGACGGUAGCCACCUCAUGUUUGGACCGGAUCCUGGGGUUGGUGCUGCCAUCGGUGGAAUGGUGAGCACACUGGCUCUGGGUACCAACGCUUAUCGUUAUGGAACGAUGAAAGAAGCGGUUGUUAGUAUGACAGUUGUUUUGGCUGAUGGCCAGAUUAUUCGAACUAAGCAAAGACCUCGCAAAUCCAGUGCUGGAUAUGAUUUGACUCAUCUAUUUAUUGGAGCUGAAGGUACACUCGGACUCGUCACAGAAAUUACACUUAAGCUUCACGUCCGCCCUAAGAUUGAGUAUGUGUCGAUUGCAAGCUUCCCUACAAUCAAAGACGCUGCCUCUACUGCGCUGAAUGUAAUCGGCAAACUGGGUCUUCAUCCUAAUGCUAUCGAAAUUUUGAAUGAAGAAAUGGUAAUGUUCGUUAAUGAAUCAGGAAGUGUGGAACGUAAGUUCGAUGAGAAGCCGACUUUAUUGUUCAAAAUUGGUGGUCACUCUGAAGACAAUAUCAAGGAACAAGCUCGAAUCAUUCAAAACAUUGCGCAGCAGAACAAUUUAAUCGAGUGGGAAAUUUCGACGAGUGAAGAGGAAAAUCAAUUAUUGUGGCUGGCUCGGCGUCAAGGCCUUUGGUCGACUAUUGAGUAUGGUAAAGUAGUACUCGAAGAUCCCAACGAUGUUCAGGUGUGGACCACCGAUAUUGCUGUGCCAAUCUCCAGGCUUGCGCAGGUGAUUGACGAAACUAAUGCCGACUUGAACGUCGACUUUAAAAACAAGUUUUCCGUCAUGGGUCACAUCGGUGAUGGGAACUGUCACUUUUUAAUCGUGUACAAUCUGAAUGACUACGGCAAGUGUGCCGCAGCAGUCGAUCGUAUGGUGGAGCGUGCGAUCAAAUAUGGUGGGACGUGCACAGGCGAACACGGCGUUGGCAUUGGUAAGCGCAAAUAUUUACCACUUGAGUACGGCGAACUGGCGGUUGGAUUUAUGCGGGCCCUCAAGAUUGGUCUUGAUAAACGGAGAAUCUUAAACCCUGAUAAGAUCGUUACCAUCGACCCACUUGACAAAUUAGAUGAGCAAUUGGAUUAUCACGGUCGUCAAGAAUGGUCGUGUUGCAAAUAG